GGAAGUAUAGUGUUCAACUUAGCAGAAAAACAAAGCAGGGGAAUUGUGUUGAUGAAAGCCUCUUAAAGGAAUUAGUCCCACUGCCCUGAUGUCCUGGGUGUGUUACCCGGGCUAGCACCAGCGUCACUUUAGUUCACCGGGUGUUACUCAACUCAAAUGUCAUCAGAGGCUUAGGUGUAGCGCUGCGAAGAGGAGGGAGAAGUAUUACGACAUCCAGUCGAGCUUCCUGAACUCAAGGGAAGCUAGGUAACCAAAGACCUGAAGCCACAGAGGACGCAGGUCUGAGUACAGGAAGAGGUUAACCAACAGUCCGAAGUUUUAAACGAAUCCUACAAAACUAUCAGGACUGACUUUUGAUAGAAGCUGACCGUCUUUCCGCGAUGUCUCUGGCCGACCAGAGCCAGCAGUGGUUUCCUACGAGUGUCCAGGUAACGGUGCACCAGGCUCGGAGCCUGCGUGUUAAGGGCAAGAAUGGCACCAACGACGCCUAUGCCAUCAUCCAGGUGGCCAAGGACAAGUUUUCCACAUCCGUGGCGGAGAAAUGUGUCGCUCCGGUGUGGAAGGAGGAGGCUUCCUUCGACCUGCCGCUCUUCCACCCGGGAAACGCCGAGCGCUGUACGCUGUAUGUGGUAGUUAUGCACCGAGCCCAGGUGGGACUGGACAAGUUCCUGGGACAAGCCGUGGUCAACUUACUGGACCUCCAUGACAACAAGUCCCGCAAGAAGACAGAAUGGUUCAAGCUGGUGGACAAGAGUGGAAAGCAGGACAAGGAGCGAGGGGAGGUGCUGCUUGAUAUUCAGUUUAUGAGAAACAACAUGUCAGCCAGCAUGUUUGACCUUUCCAUGCAGGACAAGCCGCGCUCUCGCAUCUCCAAGCUGAAGGAUAAAGUCCGUGGGAAGAAGAAAGAUGGCUUCUCAGACUCCGCUUCGGCUAUUGUUCCAUCUGUCAGCCAGGUCCUCACUGACAGCGAGGGGGAGGCUGAUGCACAGUCACUUAAUCAAAUACCAGGAACAAAAAAGAAAUCUAAACUCAAAACCCUCUUUGCGCCCAAGUCCAACUUGCAGCGUAACGUCUCUCAGUCCAUGUCUACGCUGGGUACUCUCCCCGAGAAGAAUUCAUCUCUCAGUAGCAGCCGCUCAUCUGGCCUCAAUGUGGACUCUCCCGAAGUCAAAAAGAAGUUCAAAUUACUGGGACACAAGCGAACAGGCAGCUCAGACAGCAAGGUGUCUCAGGGUCCAUUUUCCUUACUGGGUCGCUCCAAGCAGAGCAACAGUGACCUGAACAACUUGUGCAUCAACGGCAGCCAUGUGUACACGGAGGAGACCGAGCCCAAGAGUGGAUCUACGCUGAGUCUGAACAGCUCAGGCCAAGGCUCCGUUGAGGAUAUUCGCAAACACACCUCUGAUCUCCCUGCAGAUUCAUUUAAUGCUGCUCCCCCCCCACGUGCGUCUUCAGAUAAGGUUUUAAUGGAGCAACAGCGCCAUCAAGAGGAGGAGGAUAGAAGGAAGGCAGAGGAAAAGCGUUUAGCAGAAGCAAAGAGGCUGGAGGAAGAGGAGAAAUACAGGGUAGAGAUGAAGAGGCUGCAGGAGGAAGAGGAGCGCAGGUCCCAAGAGGAACAGGAGAGGAAAAGACGCUUCCUCGAGGAUGAAGCAAGGAGGAAGAAACAGAAGGAAGAGGAGGAGGAAAGGAGGAGGCAAGAACAAGAUCGCAGCAUCCUGGAAGCACAAGAAAACCAGAAGGCUGAGGAGGAACGGCGCAAAGCCGAGGAGCAGAAACGCCAGGAGGAGGCUUCCAUGAGUGACAGGCUGUCGUCCCUGUUUGGUAUGAUCAGAAAGAAGGAGGAGAAAAAGGAGGAGGUGCAGCAACAAACUAAGGAGGAGCAGCUUCCCACCCCAGCCCCUCGGCUCUCCCACCGCUCCGACAACCCAUUUGAUGACGCUCCUCUCAGGUCCGAUCCUCCACUAAGCACUAACCAAAGCCAGGAGGAUCCUCAGAAAUCCAGCGUCAAACCACAAAACCCCUCUGCCAUGGUCUUCCUCAACCGCAACGCUAAAGUGUCUGCAGUCAAACCCAGAUUGGCUUUGGAGUCUGAACCCACUGACUGCCAAAACUCUGAUCAGCUGUGCCCUUCUCCUGCCAACUCAGAGUCCACCCUUUCUAGUGUCCCGUUCGAGUCCCCUGAUACUUUCUCCACCCUCCACACAUCCCUAGCUCCGCAAAACGUAAGGCGAAGCUUGUCCGACAGCACGGAGAAUUUGUCGUCUGGGGGAUCUUCAUCCACAAUGGCAGAUCAGAAGAAAAGAGCCCCCUUUCCACCCAACUAUGCUGACAAACAGACAGGAGGAAGUCAUGGUCAUCUCAGAGAGAUAAACAACCCUGCAUACGUAGAGGCUGAUGGAUCGCAACAAGCCAUAAAUAAGUCUCUACCACUUCCUGAUUAUGAAAGCCUCUUUCCUCAGAAAAGACACGGAGUGCAAGGGCAGACUCGGUGGGAUCACAUAAUAGCUGAGGUCAAUCAGAGACACAGAGACGUUCCUGUGUUUCUGGGUCAAGAGAUGAGCGUAGAUGGCCCAGUAGAGAAUGAACCAAGUCCUAGAUCUUACGUGUCUCAGGAGAGCCCACGACGCCAGGAGACCAAACCUAUGUCAUCAAAGAAAGUAGCUGCCCCUGCUCCACCUAAACCAGUGGCUUCCCCAGUCCCACAACCAGUUGUAGAUUCCAGUCAAAGACAAAGCCAUAACACCACUCACCAAUCUGCCAUGAAGACUAAUCCGCCUUCAGUGUCUGCUGACGCCUCAAACAGAGGGAUAUCCAAAGAUGGAGUAAGAAAGGUGCUGCACCCUUCACCUGCAGCAACACAAGAAUCCAGGCAACAGAGCCAAAUGGACAAGGACAGAACUCCAUCAGACGAUCAAAGGAAAGUCGCCGCGACCAAAGAAGCACCCACGGCUAAACCCAGGCAAAGGGUUAGCCAGCCGACACAACAAGAAGGCGGACAGGCUAAGGAGAACUUUGCAGACUUCGACCCAUUCCCCAGUACUGACCUCCUUCCCAAAGACCCGUGGGCAAAGCUCAAGCCGAACCAAGGAGCAAAGGACAACGUGACUGGCAAGGUACAGAAAGAGGAAAAACCUGAAGAUCGAGGAAUGACAGUAGAGGAUCUUGAUAAAAUUUUUGCUCAAGAAAAAAUGGCAGAUCCCUUCGCAGGUUUUAGUGGCAGCGACGCAAACAAAUAUAGUCAACACAGGAAAGUAGAUGAUGGGUCAAGACAAGAGAGUCCUGUUUUUCAAAGAAAGAAUUCGCAGAGGGGAAAGAAGAUUUUUACACCCGCAACUCACUCAGCUGAUAAGGCUUUCAUGUCUCAACAAGAACCGGCAAAUAAAGAAGGAACAAGCUUACCCACGGCUAAUGAGAGUUUCUCCACAAGAGAUGUCUCACCGCAGUCUCAAACGGAUCUGAAAACACAAAGCGAUUUUUCUGAAAGAGAGGACCCAUUCGGCGCAGAACCUUUUGUCGCACACUCGGCUUCGAUUUCCUCACAGCCACUAGCAGUUGUUAUGGAGGAGCCAGCAUCCCAGGCAGGAAGUUUGUCUGGGGGAAAGACGCUUUUGAAAGCAUGGGUCUCACCCUCCGAUGUUCAGCCUGUCAGUACUCAGAAUAGCAGUGGAGGUGGGCUAGGCUUGACUCCGCGCAGGCCUCAUCCUGUCAAGCCCAUGAGCUCAGCUGAGAUCCAGCAGCCCAUCAGCAAUCCUGCUGUGAAAGAAAUAAGGGCCCGGGACAGCACACCAGGGAAGAUUAAGGUGGCAGAAGUGGGAAGUGGGCCUUACAGCCAGCUGACGCAGGAAGAGCUGAUCACACUGGUGGUGAAGCAGCAAACUGAUCUGUCCAAGAAGGAUGCCAAGAUCAGCGAACUCGAGGAGUACAUAGACAACCUGCUGGUCCGCGUCAUCGAGGAGCAGCCCAGUAUCCUGCAUGCCCUCAACGCUGCCAAGCCGGUGUGAGGGAAUGUCUCCCGGGGCCAGAGGGCCUCGCUUACGGACACUAAUUUGGUUUCUUGUGUGUUUUUAUUCUGUUGUCACUGUGUACUGAUAGACAGGAUGAAAGUCUUAGAGCAUAUGCACUUUUUUAGCUUCAGAGUCAAAUAGGUUUGAGACUGUUGAUAAGCUCUCUCUGAACUUUUGAUGGUUAAACACAAGCAAAGAAAAAAAUCUUUAUAUAAGCAAAUGAAUGUAUUUGUUUUGACACUAUGGUACUGCGAGGAUAUAUUCAGAGUCUUGAUUAAUGUACCAUACCAUCUAAUAUAAUAAGACCUGUGUUGAGCUUUAUUUAAUAUACUUUAAAAACUAUUUUAUUGACUUUAUACACUGGGAUAUUGCUGCGUGAUGAAUGAUCAAAUGCUUAACCUCAUGAAGCCAUUACUGCAUCUUUCCCUCCACCACGUCCCGAGUCUUUUUAAACUUUCUUCUGAGAGCAUUGAUUUGUUUUUUUUUUUAACCAGACAAUCAACACCACACUUACUUUGUACUCACCACAGUCGAAUGUCAGAGAUAUUGUGCCUACUGAUGCUUUGAAGAGGUGUUAUUUAGAAAACCAGCAAAACUAAAAGCAAGCAGCUAUUACGUAAUGUAUGUAUUUUGCAAGUACAGAAUCCAGCUCUUCUAACAUUUAUGCAAGAUUAUGAUCACUGUGAUGUUUGCGCUGUAUUGAUGAGAUAGAAAAACCAAGAGAUAAUCAAAAGCUAAUCACCAGAGGAACAAUAAUGCACUCAGUUUUGUUAAUAACCAAGCCUUGUCUUUGUAUUUGAACUACACUAAUGAAUGCCUUUACAAGCUAGAACUGUUUCAUGUCUUGGUAGCAAUAUUAAUCUUUCGAACGUACAGACCUGUGCCUUCAAGCCUCCGUUCAGUGUUUGUCCGACACACAAAACAAUAAUAGUACCGGUGAUGUAAACACGUGGAAGCAGCAAUGCUGAACACCAUGCUUUUAUUUGAAAUAAAGAAAAAUGAUGUCA